AAGAAAGCGCGCGCGAUCGCGCCAGUGUAGUGACAGUUAUUUUUUUUUAAUCCUCAACCCCGAAGUGCGUUUUGGAUACAAUGAGGCUUAUAUUUUGGGUUACAGCCUUGGCUGUGCUCACCAUAUCACAAGCAAAGAACUCGACAGCAAAAUCGAAGCCGAAAAGACAACUAGACAACAUUCGAACGCCACAAAACCUGCAGUACUCCCUAGUUCUACCCCAUUCAAGAGUAGCCCAUUUCAGAGCUCUCUCCAGCAGCAGCCGUAGAAUAUCCAAUGUCUCACCGAGAGGAGGAAAAUUACCACCGUACGCAGUACAGAUGGAACCGGUCGUUCAGUACUCGCAAAAAGAUCCUCUAUAUGACCCUAAACAAGAUCACUAUGAAAAUACCGGUGUAAACAAAAACGAUAUUGCGCAAUCAAAGAUUUUAAAUGUCAAUGACCAAAGUGCUGAAGGCUCAUAUGGACUUUCUUACGGCAGCCUUCCAACUGCUCCUUUGUACAGCGAUGAUCAUCAACACUAUUACGAGGCUCCAGAACCGAUUAUUGAAAUUAUCAUCAAGGAGUCUAAUGAGUCUUUACCCGCUCCACCACCUCAACCAAUUCAAAAGAAGAAAAAGGAACCAGUACAAGUUUUUUACGUUAAAUACAGCAAGGACCCGCAUUCUAAAGACAAAGUGAUCUAUGAAAAACCUGUACCGGCCAUUACACCUCCAUCGAAUGAUGAAGAUGAUCACCAUGAACACUACGUUACAGUAACACCUGAGCCUUAUUAUGUGCCAGCUCAAACAACUACUCUUAGGGCCAUUAUUAAACCUGAAUCGGAAAUUUAUCAUACUGAUAGUAACGUGAAAGUAACUUUUGGAAAUGAAGGUCGUCAUUAUGGUAAUAGGCGUGAAGAAAGUCCUUCAGAAAAUCAUGAAGAAACCGCACCAAGACCUGUCAUUGCUUUACCCAAUUCGCAACCAACUCAAAUUCCUCAUGAAAGAUCAGUGUCUCCGAAUACUCAUUAUCAGGACCAAAGACAAGUAGCGUCAGCACAACACAAUUAUCAAGCUGGGCAUAAUGCUCAGAACCGUAUUCAAUUCCAGCCACCGUAUAUAAGCCAAGAACCGCAAUUGCCAAGACAAAGACCACCAUUGGUCCAAUUCAAACAGGAAUCACAAAUACAUAGACAAAGUCAGCAAUCCUUUGGAUCCUCUCCCCCGAACCGCCCACCAUCAUUCUCAAGCUCAUCGGCACCAGCUGGUCAUUUUACGGGCUCUGGACCAACAGUUCCUGGGCCAAUAGGUCCUCUUCUUCCAACGAUAUCGAGACCUAACAAUCCACCAGCAUUCCAACCAAGGCCCAACAAUGCUCCACCUUUUCCACCAAGGCAACAUUUUAGUAACCCUUCCAGAACUAAUUUCCGACCCGCACAACAGAGACCCUUCCACCCGCAGCCUCCAACAUAUUUUGACGAAGCUAAAUAUCUUCAAGAAAAUUAUCACACGAUAACAACUGACCAAGUAGAAGCUCAAAAAACACAACCACAAUCACAGUCUUUCAAUAUAGGUACUCAACAAGGCAAUUCCAAUCCAAUAGUCUUCAACGAUCGCCCACAACAACUCAUUCCUUACAAUCAGCAAUUACCACAACAACGCCCACCUCAACAUUUUGAUACUUCAAGUAAACCAGGCUUCGCUGCUACUCCGACUAGAUCUCCAUUCUUCAACUUAAAGCCAGCUCCUCCACAGAUUGAAAGUCAUCGUCCCCCAUUCCAACGUCAACCGCAACAACAUUUCAGCUUCCAUCAAGGUCCACAAACAUUAAGACCAUCACCACCGGGACCUUCUAUCGAUAAUCAAAAUACAUUUUCUAGUCAUAACGCUAUUUCACCUUCCCCAUCAUCGAUACCUCAAACUCAAUUCCUACCACAACCAUCAUCUCCUCCUCUAUUUAGUUUCCACCCGCAACCAUCUCCAAACCCUCAGCAGGCUAGCUUUUCAGAGAGACCACAAGGAUUACAAACUAUCCACGAUCAAAAUGUAGCCCAAUUUGUUCCGAAAGAUAGCGAGUUAGUUCCAGCUAUAUCUAAAUACGAACAGCAUAUAACUGUGAAUGACCCUACUACCCAACCUAACUAUGGUGGAUUUGUAGGAAUAAAUCAACCAUCGCCGACAUCAAACUAUCCUCAACAACAAUAUUCUCAGCAACAAGUACAUCAACAGGUACAAGUCCAGGAACAAAGCCAUUUACAACAACAACAGCAUGACCGACAACAAUAUCAGCAGCAACAGCAACAGCAAGAGCUGCGCCAACAACACGAGCAGCAAAGACAACAACUUCAGCAUCAGCAUCAACAAGAACAACAGCGUCAGCAGCAACAAGAACAACAGCACCAACAACAGCUUCAACAUCAGCAUCAACAGGAACAGCAGCACCAACAACAACAGGAACGCAACCAACAACAACAAGAACGCAACCAACAACAAUACUUAAAUGCUGAGCAAGAACAAGUGCGACAACAAUUGGCUCAAAAUGUGCGUAAGCAACAAGAGGAGAUCCAACGUCUUCAAAAUCAAUUAGUAUACCAACAACAACAUCUGCAACAACAACAACAACAAGAACAGCAACAGAGAAAUCAAUAUGAAAAUAAUUAUAAUCAAUAUAGUCAACAGCAACCUAGUUCCCCAUCCCCUCAAUAUGUUCAAGAGAGAGCGCGGCCACAACCAUCAUAUGUUUCGAGUACAUCUUCACCACCUUACUAUCAAUCAACUUCUAGAACCGUAGAGAUUAAACCAACUACACAAAAAUACGUAUCAACAACAGCUAACAGUAUAAGCCAUGCCCAUGAAUCAAAGAAAGAAGAGAAGAAAAAGCCAGCUAUAGAACUCCCGGAUGAAGUUCCUGACGAUCUACGUCAACAACUGCUAUCAUCCGGCAUUUUAGAUAAUGCUGAUAUCAGUGUACUUGACUAUGACAAAGUCGGAGAAACACCCUUAGAGUCUCUGCCACCAGACCAAUUGGCUAACUUCUUUAGUGCCGGUGGUGGCCAACAACUUGCUGGCAGUGAACAUAGACCAAUAGUUGUAGCACCGAACGGAGAUAAAAUUGAAUCAAGAAUAGAUGACUCCGAAUUUGAUGAUGACCAAGAUAUAGCAGCAUCUGAAAACGUAGAAACGAUUGUCGCCGCACCAUCUUCCAAAAGUCAAGUUGAAAUGAAAGUUGUUCAUUUUAAUCCCAAUACACCAGAGGGUCAAGAAAUCGCUAAUCAAUAUGUAAAGGAAGAUGCAACUCAAGUUGAUCCCGUUGCUUUAAAUGACAAAAAAUACAACAGAUAUUUGCCUUUAAAAGUAAGCGGAAAUCAAUUCCCAUUACCAGAUGUAAUAAAAGGAAGAAAAGUAACCUCGGUGGUUGUUCUAGCUCCGGUCGAAACUAAAGCUAUUAACGAUGACCACAGUCGAGCUGAACGUGCUGCAGGAGACAGCUUGAAAGGAAUUCAAUUUGUUGCUGGAGAUAGUCUUCACAAUCUUUUGAAACGACCAACAAGAGCCAAUUUUGAAAAAUGGCUUGAUGUGGAAAAGAAAACUGAAACCGACCAGCAGUCCGUCGUUCUUCUCGUAACUGAGAGCGAAGACCCGAAAGAAGAGAAGGAAAUCUUCAUGUACGAUAUAGCAUCAGGCAACAUCAACAAGCUAAGUGGCGAGCUCUCCAACGCUUUCGUCGAAGCCGCAGAGAACAACUCUCUUAGCAAGGACAUCGAAAAACUAGCCAUCGAAGGGGAAGGCACACCCGAAGACUUCAAGAAAGAUUCUAAAAGUGAAUUAGUCGCUGAAGGUUCCGAUAAUGUGCCAUUGUUUGUAGAUAUUUCAGGGUUAAGUUUAGAUCAAAAGAGAAACCAACUAUCCAUCUCAUCUGGGUACAGCAAAACGAAAAGAGGAAGAAAAUUGAGAAGACAAAGAACCUAACGCGUUACAGUCGAAGAGACUGAUUUUUGUAAAUAGUAUAGUGUUAGUAUUACUAAAUUAUAACGACGUGAUGUUUUGUACUUAGUCGUAACUUUUUUACAAAAGUGAUAAUCGAGUUGUAUUAUAUUAAAACAAACUUACAUAAUGACA